AUGCUCCUAGCAUCAUGUGCCCCCCUCCGCUCGUCUCUCAGCAUAUCUCGUAAUGUCUUGCGCAUACAUGGUACCCGCCAGGGUACAACGCUGUCGUUCCGUCACGCUCAUUCUAUCGGCGAAUCCUCAAGGCCAAUUCCUCAGCAGACGACGCCAACCACAUCGGAUAAUGCCUUGGAAUCGCCUGUGGAAUUUUCACUGGAGUUUCCAAUUGACGUACUCAACUCCCAAACCGCGUUUCGCAACCUGACGCGACUCAUAGAGGAGGGAAAACAGGAUCAAGCUGCGACAGCUAUGACCAAUUUUCUCGCAUCGAACCCCUCCGAUGACGCGUUUCACCGACUCAAGACAGUUCUGGCAGAAGCUCCAGAAGCCAAUAUUCCUCUCAUUUUGCAGUUGGGGUCGGGCUACGCUGCCAUGGGCCACGCGCAGCUUGUGAAGGAGGAACUUGUGCCGUUGGUCAGGAACAACGCAGCCAUCGAAGUAGCGUCGCGGUUCGAGCAGGAGAUCGACACCUCACACCGAAAGCCCGUGGAAGUUUUUGAAGAACCCUCGGAUGAUUACAUGCCCUUCGUAUCCGACACCCCUCCAUCCGUCGCGGACCUCAUUGCCGAACAACUACCCGCCAUCCUUCCUGAACCGGUACAAACAGACGACGUCUUCGAAGAGGAAGGGCCGGAAUAUAUCUACCACCCACCGACAACCACCGACGAAGCCCACGCUGCAAUGCAAUCGACUGGAGUCCUCGUGACGCUCGUCGAAACAGGAAACUACACGCAAGCCUACGCCCUCCUCAAGGAAAUCAAGGAGCUCGAGAUUCCUAUACCCACCUCACAUAUCUACCAGGAACCAGCGCAGGCCGCCCUAAAAAACGACGACCUCCGCCCUGCACAAAAGCAGGAUGUAUUCAGCACGUGGUUUUCUCUCGUCCCAGCAGCACACGAAGUCGAACCAGGAUACGAGUACGAAGAGACACGCCGGCUCGUUACCCAAGCCGUCGUCACUGACAUCCCUCUCAUCAUCCGGUUCGCUCUUAUCAUGGCCAGGAAAGGCUACGCUGAAAGAGUGAGCCACCAUACGAUACCAUAUAUAAUUCGUUGGACCGACUGGGAGGUCGGUCAGAAGUUCCUCGACGACUUUAACGCAGCCAACAAAGCGUACGUUGACGAACUGCGGCCCCGUAACGGCGGCUAUCUCAAAAGGAAGACGGCAACAAACUCUCGUGGCACAGCUAUCCGUGCCCUUGCUUAUGCUAAUCGACUAGAUGAAGCCAUUAGACUCCUACCCGACCCAGACAAUCCGACAUUCCGGUUGACAACGUACACCUAUAAUGUUAUCUUGAACCGCCUCACUAGGACGAAGAAAGAUGUUCGUGAUGCUUACACCCCCUUGGUCAAGGCUCUGCGGGAUGACGAUGCAACUGCAAUUUAUCGGAACUCCCCGGAUUUGCGGACUCUGGCCCAGGAGCUCGACCUAGCAGCCGAGGCAAAGACCAGCACUCAAGUAGAUUUCGGUGACGAUCUCGUGGCGGCUCUGCGCUACCUCAAGAAGAACAUCGCCACCUUCGAUAAAAGCCAGCUGCCCCAUCCCUUUACCCUUGUUAACUUCAUGUCCAUGUACCUCGCAACUGGACGGACGCGCGCCCUCAAGAUGCUACUCGACAAGGCCAUCCGGCAUAGCUUCAUUGCGACGAGCAACUUCGUCUUUGCAGAGAUGCUGUUCUACCGACGGAUCGGGCAGCCAAACCUCGUCGUUAAGACGUUUGUCGACCACUUCUUCCUGAGCGCCGUACCCCGCGAGGAAGUCGUCAAACGUAUCGCUCGUAUCGAUUCCCAGAUCAACAACUACGACCCUACGUCAGGAGAAAGCUCUCCGCUCAAACGUUUUUACCCCUUCAACGAAUCGUUCACUCUUCCUCGAGGGAAGAUAUGGCCGUCUCGGAUCCAUUGCAACCUCAUUUGGGACGCACUGUCCGAGUUGACCACGAUCGACAGAGAGCUUGAGGUGUUGUACUACAAACUCGUGCAGUACGUCGCUGAUGGGCGCGUGCUCUCGGAGACUGAACCCAUCUCUGCGAUUGAUGAGCUGCCCACACCUGCCGGCUGGACCACCUCCGCGGGCUCAGCAGCUUUCACCCCGUUCAUCUACCGUCUGAUGUGCCUCCGCGGGCCGCAGUUCGGUGUGCGGAUGCUUCGCGAAAUGCUGCACCUCGGUAUCAAGCCAACCGUGUACCACUACACCGAGCUCGCUGGAUACUUUGCGCGCAAGAACGACUCCCGAAAGGCUUUCGCCAUCCUCGACGGGAUGGCGGCGCAGCAAAAAAACCCGUUCGGUCGCGAAACGUACGAGGUCGAGCAGAGGGGCAUCUCGCCGCCCAUAAGGGAGUACCAUUUACCCCUGCCGACGGUCGUCACGUACGUUUCUUUGAUUCGAGGGUUUUUAAUUGCGAAGAACCUGGAGGCAGCAGAGGCCGCUUUCCGGAGGUUGAGGAAGGUGCAUACCCAUGUGCCAGGGGAGAAUCGAUUGCUGGACCUGGCGCUGGAAGAUUUGGAAGCUUUCAGGGAGGACCCUCGUAACUGGGUCUAUCCAUGGGACCGAGAUCGCCACUAA